AUGAACCAAGAAUUUGAUCAAAACCUGCCUUAUAUUUACUGUGGUAUAUGCUUCAAAGACAACCAUGAUGUUGAAGGGCUAGAUAAUAAACUACUAUUGACAUCUUGUGCCCAUAUAACCUGUGACAUUCAUUUACAAUCAAAGCAUAUUGAACUGUACUUGGCUCAGAAUGAUUCCGAUUCUCCCUGUCCAGUUUGUGGUUCUAAUCCGAUAUCAACUGUUCCUAUCAACAGAAUGCUACCCGUUGAACUAAAAAACUUUUUCAUUCCGACACCACAGCAAAUUGAUUUGUUGACAAGCUCUGGGAAAUUUCAGUAUUGCUCAUUAGUUGACAGAAUUAACUAUUAUAGGUCCACUAUAUCCAAAAUGAAUGAAAAGUUGAAAAAACAAAAAGAGUUUCUAUAUGCAGCAAAAGAAGAAAUAACCCAACUAAGUAAAUAUAAACUCCAGGUUCAAGAAUUAACUAACGAAAUAGAUUUACUUAGGAAGCAGCUACAAAGUACAGCUCGUCCAGACACUUUUGAUCUAUCGAACGAUAAUGAAAAUGAGAAAAGUGGAGAGUUUGAAAACAAUAUUUUUACACGGGAGCUGAGUCCGACUCAAACUGCUCUGCACACAUUUAUCAAUAAGGUCCAUCGAGAAUCUUUACAGAAAGUAAUACCAACUUCAAAACCUGAUACUGAUGAUAGAAACGGUUCAACAAGAAGAAGAUCUUUUUUUGCUGAAUCAACGAAACUAGGAGAAAUUAAUUCGAGGUCAAUUUCAUCCAGCAAUGAAUCUAGCAAUUCGCUAAAUAGUUUAAAGAGAUUUAGUUUUGAAAGUCCCAAAAAGAAGUAUUUACAAAAUCCAAUAGGCAAACGAUCUGCCACUAGUCAGCUUGCAACCCGAAUAACAGCUAACAUGAAACUUGGCGUCCCUGUGAGUGCAUCCAACGCACUGUCCAGAAGCUAUCAAAAUGGUUAUGUUAACAAAGUGUCGAAAGAUCCCACAUUAACGAGAACUAUGAGAAGAGCUAGCGAGGCAUCACCGUACUUUAAAGGGCUAAAUUACAAGUAUAAAAACAGCAGUCAUGACCAUCAUCAACACCAGUAUAAACGCUAG